AUGGAUCUGACCCAGCCUGGGAUUUGCCCAGAGACCAGCGAUCUUCCAAGGACUCCAAGGGCAGAGCACUGCGAGGUCGAAGGCCAGGGACGUUCCGAGGACUCCGACGAAUUAGCGGAGGAAGGUCAGGAGAGAGGCGAGGAGGAUGCGAAUUUGGAUGCUUGGCUGAGGGCUCAGUAUGCCAGUGACUUCUUGGCCAGCAUGGAGGCCACCCGCCCGGACAUCAUCCGAGCAGCGCCCGUCCAACAUGUACUUCGGGGCUUGGCGCGGCCCCUCCGAGCUGAUGGCGACUACGAUUUCUAUCACUUGAGCCACACGACAACAAGAGGUUACACGUUUUGGUCCCACAGCUGGCAUGGUUCUGUUCGCAGGAAGAUUGCUACUGUCUUCUUCCUCCACCUGGCCACGCCAGCCACAAUCAUUGGUACCGCAGCAGCAGUUUCUGUUUGCAUCUUGUUCGGACUUGGUCUGCUUCCUGAUGAUGCUGGCCAGAGCUGGUGGUGCUUGACGACAGGAUGCUUGAGCUACAUGUUCGCGAUGCUCUUCUGGCGGCCGCAGCAGCCGGUAUUUCUAGACCGAGUUUGCAUCUCUCAGACGAAACAAGAUCUCCAAGUGGAAGCACUGCUUAGCUUACGUGCUAUCCUGCAAAACGCCGACAGCAUGUUGGUGCUUUGGGACUCCUCCUGGGCGCAUCGUUUGUUUGUGUGUCUUCGAACUGGCCGCCUUCAUCCACAGCAGGCCCUCAGGUGA